AUGGCGCCCGGGCAUGGCACCAUUCAUAACCGCGGCUUGUCUGGCGCACUGACAGAGGUCACAGCGGACCUGAAGCUGGACUCGGCGUGGCCCCGGGGCGACCCGAGGGCGAGACUUGCGGGGAUUUGUGGGGUCUUCAAUUGUGCUCAUCAGGCGCCACUGCAGUGGCCGCGCCCCGAGGCUGCCCGGGACUUCAGGGCUGCUAACAACGCGCGCACGCGCAUGUAUGAUUGGAUGGCGGCACUCGUUUCCAUGCUCGAGAUCGGGCACGCGAGGCCGCCGGCGGCCAUCCCGGCGACGCUGAGGAGAUCACAUCCGUUCUUGCCCGAGGGCUGCCCGGCCAGCGGCGGCGACGGCCCGGGGGCGGCGCGCGCGCCCGACGUCGCCGGGGCUCCCGGGGUGGCCAAGCCCCGGCUGCUGCCAAUCGUGGACCCAGUCAGCGGCAAGACCAUUGACACGCUGGGGAUGAACUUCGAGCCCCGGAAGCCCCACAGCCCCCUCAAGAUCGUCGACCCCGCGAGCGGGGCCGCCGAGAAGGACCGCGCGGGGCUGGAGCGCAGCCUCCUCGAGCGGGAGAGGCUGGUGGCCGCGCGCGAGCAGCAGGUGUCGGAGAUGAGCCGCACCCACGAGGUGCUCUCCAUCCGGCUCGGCGAGCAGGCCCGGACGCAGACGAUCACGGAGCAGGAGAUCGAGGCCCAGCGCGCUCGCGCCCACGCGCAGCUCGAGGAGCGGCGGGCCCAGCUGGAGGCGCUGGAGGCGCAGGCGCGCGAGCGCGAGGCGGAGGCCCAGGAGCUGCAGCAGCUGCAGGAGGACGAAGGAGCGGCUGUUCGCGGAACGCGAGCGGGCGCUUCUGGAGGAGGAGGGCCGCCAGAGCGAGCUGCAGUCGCAGCUGGCCACCCAGGAGCGCUACGCGGCGGAGGCCCAGCGGGCCCUGGCGGGCCGCGAGGCCGCGGCCAGCGAGCGCGAGCUCGCGGCCUCGGCAGCGGAGGCCAGCCUCGUCGAGCGCGAGCAGAGCGUGUCGCAGAGGGAACAGGAACGAUGCGCGGCAGCGGCUCGCAGAGGACGAGCGGCGGUUGCGGGAGCGCUUGGAUAAGGUCGCGGCGGGGGAGGAGCAGCUCCGGGCAGAGGAGGCAGCUCACAAGGAGCGGGCAUGCCUUUGCCGCCGCUGCUGGGGACGCCGAGGCGCAGGCGGCCGCCCACGCCCUGAGGGCCGCGGACCAGCUGCGCUCGUGCGAGGAGCGGGAGCAGGGCGGCGGCGGCGCAGUCGCGGGCGCUGUUGUCGCGGAAGGCAUCGUCGUCGACGCCGUCGUCGUGGUCGCCGUCGCCACGCGUGCUGCCGCGGCCCCAGCGGCGACCGCCGCGCCCGCUCGUGCGGGCGCCGCGGCCUCGUCCACGGAGUUGGGCGCGGUCGAAGCGGCCGCGACUGGGGUGCGGCUCCUCGUGUUGGACCUCAACGUGCUCGAGUUCAGGCUCGCGGACCGCGAGCGGGCCGCCGCUGCACUGGAGCGGGCCGCCGGCGAGCGCGGGGCCCAGCGCCGCGGGUCGCCGCCGCUCCGUCCGAGGAUCGGGCGCUCGAGGCAGAACUACGAGGGCCACAGGUUGGGCUACGACCUGAGCUACGGGAUCCACUUGCAGAGCUACCCAGGCCACAUGCUGAGCUACCAGAGCUUCAUACAGAUCUACGAGGGCCACCAGCUGAACUACGAGGACUUCCAGCUGAGAAACGAGAAGCACCAGGAGAGGUACAAGGGCCACCAGCUGAGCUACCAGAACCACCAGCACAGCUACGAGGGCCACCGGCUUAGCUACGAGGACCACCGGCUGAAUUACGAGGACGAACCCAUCUUUACCAUGUACGCUGCGCUCCAGUGGCUGGACUUCCUCAGGGCCAUGAUCGUCGAAGGGCAGGCAAUCACAGAGGCCUUCGCCAUCAGGGCCAUAUCGAAACUCACGACCCCCGCGCACAACAAGCCCCACGACAUGAUGGUGCCCAUAGAAUUGAGCGGCGACCGCCACGACGAGGGGCCGAGCGCCCCGGCCGGGCCUCCGGGCGCGGCCCGCCUCGCCGAGCUCCGCGCCCGGGGGCUGCAGCUGAAGGCCCUGGGGAGGCACGCGGAGGCGGAGGCCGCCCUCCGCGAGGCCUGGGCCGGGAGGGAGGCGCUGCUCGGGCCCGCCCACGCGGACGCGCUCGCCUCCCUGGGUGACCUCGCGGUGCUUCUCAAGGUGGCCGGGAAGCCCUCGGAGGCCGAGGGGCUGUUCCGCAAGCUGCUGGCCCACAAGGAGCAGGCGCUCGGCCCGGCCAGCCCGGGCGCGCUGGUGUCUGCAGGGCAUCUCGCCGGGGUCCUGCGGGACUUGGGGCGCCUGCCCGAGGCCGAGGCGCUGUACAGGCGCAUCUGCGAAGGCAAGCGAGCGUCGCUCGGGCAGGAUCACCCCAGCACGCUGAGCUCCAUGGACGAUCUCUCCAGCACCCUGCAGGCUCAGGGAAGGUACUCCGAGGCGGAGCCGCUGCUGCGUGGAGUAGUGAGCAGCAGCCGGGAGAAGCUCGGCCACAAUCACCCGGACACGUUGGCCUGUUCGGAGAGCUUGGCCGGGUUGCUAUGGGCGUCUGGCAAGCAGAAAGAGGCAAUGGUUGUUUAUCAGGCGGUUCUGCAAGGCAGCGAGGUAACCUGGGGAGUCAACCACCCGCACACGCUCAGCGUGAUCGACAAGUUCGCGUCUGCUCUCCAGCACGUUGGCAACCUCCAGGAGGCCCUGACCCUGCGGCAUCGUUGCCUGGACAGCCGUGACUCGUCCCUCGGCGAGAGGCACCCCGAGACCCUCGCCUCCGUCGGCGCCCUGGCGAAGCUGUACGGCGAGAUGGGCAACCAUGACGAGGCGCAGAGGCUGAUGAGGCGCGCUGCGAUGGGGAGGGAAGAGGCUCUUGGCCCCAGCCACCGUGACACCCUGACCAGCCUGGACGACCUGGCAGGGCUGCUGAGCUUGCUCGGCAAGCACCCUGAGGCCAAGCUGCUGCUCCGCUGCGUGCUCGACCGCUGCGAGGCGUCCCUGGGCCCGGACCACCUGGAGACCCUGCGGGCAGCCGAGAGGCUCGCGGCGCUGCUGCACACUGCGGGAGACCUGGCGGGUGCGGAGAAGCUCUACUGGCGCACCCUCGAGGGCAGGGAGGAGACGCUUGGGCUGGAUCAUGCUGACACCGCCGCCACGCUGCAGAGCCUCGUCGGACUCCUCGGCGCCCUGGGAAAGCACGCGGAGGCCGGCCGCCUGGCACAGCGCGCCCCGGCGCGGCCGACACUGCGCACGCCCGCUCGGCACGCGCGGCGCCGGGACGCGGAGCCGCCCCGCGGCGCCCUCGCCCGGGCGCGGUCCCCGCCGGACUCCACCGAGGAGCCCGCCGCAGGUGCGGCGGCUGGGCGCUGCGGGGAGUCCCGCGCGGCGCAGCCUGGGCAGCCGCCCCAGGGCGCCCGGGCGCGGUCCCCGCGGGACUCCACCGAGGAGCCCGCCGCAGAUGAGGCGGCUGGGCGCUGCGAGGAGGCCCGCGCGGCGCAGCCACGGCCCUCCAAGAAGAGCGACAGGGAGGGCGAAGGCGCGCUGAGCUCCCGGCAGGCGGCCAUGUCGACCUUCUCGGCGGCGCUGCCCCGGUUCGUGGCGGGCUUCUUCGCGGGGCACCCCUCGGCGCGGCCACAAGCUGCCCCGCUGUUGGCGCCGACGGGCGCGUGUCAGCUUGAAAGCACCUCCACUGGGCAGGAGGGUCGGGUGGCCUCGCCACGACCGGCGAUGCCACAGAGCGUCAGGAGCUCGGCGGGUUCGGAAGAGGGUCUGGCGGCCUCGCCGCGGUCGGCGAUGCAGGAUGGCAGCGUCCAGAGCGGGGACGGCCCCGCGGAGACCCGCGCAGCCGUAGCGGCGCCGCUGGGCAGCGCACGGAGCUCGAAGGGCCCCGCGGACGGCCAGGCGGCCGCGGCGCCGCCGCCGCUCAGCGGCCGGAGCGAGAAGUCAGCGCUGCAGAAGCUGUGUGAGGCAUCGGCGCGGCGGCCCCAGCAGCAAGAGCAGGCACCGUUGGCCCUGGAGCCGGCCCCGGGAGGCCGAGGGGGCGACGAGACUGCGCGGCGCAAGCAGGCGCGCGAGGAGCAGGAGUCGCGCCUGCAAGAGCUCUCGGAGGAGGUGCGCCGGCUGGAGAGGCAGGCGGCCGAGGUCCGGGCGGGCCUCGCCGCCACGGAGCGCGAGCGCCAGAGGGAGGAGGAGGCGCGGGCGCUGACGCUCCGGAGGGAGGAGGAGCACCUGCAGCGGGUCCGGGAGGAGGUCGAGAAGCAGCGCGAGCUGUGCCGCCAGGAGGAGGAGGAGGCGAAGCAGCGCGUCGCUGAGCUGGAGCGGCAGCGCGAGGACGACGCCUGGAGGCGGCACGAGAGCCGCGUGCGUCAGGACGCGGAGCGACGCCAGCAGGAGCAGCGGGCCGCCGCGGCGGCCGAGCAGGCCGCGGCCCGCGAGCGCGAGGCGCAGGAGCAGAGGCUCCAGGACGCCGAGCGGCAGGCACGCGAGCGCGAGGCGGCCGCGCGGGAGCUGCGCGCCCGCGAGGAGGCCGCGAGGGUGCAGCGCCUGCGCGAGGAGCAGGAGCGGCUGGCCCAGGCCGCCCGCGCGGCCGAGGAGGCGCGCGAGCGGCUGCGGGAAGAGCGGAGGCGCCAGGCCGAGGCGGAGGAGGCGCGCAAGGCCGAGGAAGAGAGGUCGCGGCAGGAGGAGGCGGCGUGGAGGCGGCGGGAGGCGGACAUGGUGCGGGCGCAGCAGGAGGAGGAGGCCUGGAGCCGGCACCAGGCCAAGAUCCGCCGGGAGGAGCAGGAGGCGGAGGCCGCACGGAGGCGCCAGGAGGAGGCGCGGGCGCGCGCCGAGGAGGAGGCGCGGGCGCGGGCGCGCGCCGAGGAG